AGCUGGUUGGUAGCAACCUCACAGUUCUGGGUCCUGUGGGGCAUCAGCAUGCUGGUCUUUACGAAUGUUUCCUCUCCUAUCACCAUCAUCAAGCAACGCUUAAGUUUAAUAUCACAGUUAAACUCAAGUUGCGCAGCUUGUUCCCCCCACUAUACGAGUUGCUUUGAGGACUGAAGAUGGACACAGGGUGAUUGAGUGUUCAGCUGCUGAUUCUGUUCCUGCAGCCAACAUGUCCUGGCUUCUACCGGUGGGUGUGUCUGGAGUCUCUUGGUUCAAUUUCACUUCUCAUAAUGGAAGCCACUCUGUCAGGGGAGUUUUACUCCUCCCUGCCUGCUUGCCUUGGGAGCUCACUGCAGAGUGCGUGAUAAAUCACCCUGCGUUUGAGGAGCCACAGAACAGAAGCAUAAUACUCCCUCUUUGCGCUCGACCUAACAUCACCAUCAGCUCCUGCACUGAGUGGAAAGACGGUUAUGAGUACACAAAGGUGGACUGCUCUGUGGACAGUGUUGCCCCUGAACCAAACAUAACCUGGCAUGUUGGAAAGAGUGACAUCACUUCUAUGUCAGAGACUAAAGUCCUGGUCAAUGAUUUUGUAUCAACCCGUAGCUCUGUGCAUUUGAGGUCGUCUUUGUAUUCUGGUCAGGAUUUGACCUGCAUGGUGGAGCAUCCAAGCCUGGACGCACCAGAAAAAAGAACAAUACACAAUCUUGUGCACAGUAUGUUAUUUCUUUUGUUGAGAUAUUUCUCCCUGUGGUUCACACACACACACACACACACACACACACACACAUACAGCUACUCAUCCUCACCCCUUGUUUUCUUUUCAGAAACCCAUCUGAGUGUGUCUCUGGUGAGACAGCAGAACUCUCCUAUCUUGCUGGCAGUGUGUGAGUGCAGAGGGGAGAGCGUUGGGGCGAACCUUGCCUGGGUCCUUCCUGAAAACACCAAAGGCAAAACAUCCCUCCAGUCACAGUAUGAGGGCCAUGUCCUGAAAGCCAGGCUGACUUAUCAGUUUCCUCUUGCUCUUCAUGAGGGGCAGGACCUGACCUGUGUUUAUCAUUUUGAACAUGGAGCCACAGAGAAGAGGACCAUUCAUAUCCCCAGAUACUAUAUCUCUUCUGUGAGAGUCCUAAACCACACAACUCCUCUGCAAAGCCGCUACGGUGGUAAACCCAUCAUACACCGACUGACUCUCCAGGAAAAUCAUCACAAUCAGAGAGUUCUGCUCCGAGUUGAAAGCAACGUGCCAGAGUACAACCUCACUUGUAAAAGGAGUGACGGCUCAUAUGUUCUUAUGGAUGGAGUUGCGAUGGUCUUCCAGUCAGAGCUCACAAUGCUGGAUGAAGGCCUCUACACCUGCCAGGCGUCCUUCUAUCACCACACAGCCACAGUCAACAUUGAAGUGGAGAUCAUGAACAAAGAAGAACAGCUUACACUGGUGACCAUGAUCUGCAUCGGUUCAGCUUUGGCCAUCAUCUGCAUCACAGUGGUCAUGUUCUGGUUGUGCUGCAACAUAAAUAGCAAGACGCAAUAUAAGAAGAAGGAGUCUCUCUCACCCUUGACGGCUCUGAUGCAAGAGCCCGGUUCUCCUGAGGUGAAGAAGCCAUCAGUGGACGGGAAACACAGUGAGGAAUCUGCUAAGAUGGUCAGUUACUCCAUAGUCAUUGACGUCAAGAGUACAGUGUGAAGACAGAAGAUGCUUUGGAUUAGACAUUUAGCUUUACACUGUGCACGAAGGCUUACUGGAACUGCAGCAUUGUUUAUGAUACCAGUGUAUUAUGAGCUCAGUGUGAUAUGUGAAAGGAUCCUCUGUUUAUGUACUGAAAUACCAGUUCUUUUUUAAGUUUUUAGUUUUGAUUGAUUGGCAUUAAUGAUUUUAAAUGUAGCCUAUUACUUUUGCACUUUUUUAAAAACCUGACUUGAAUUUUGUACUGUUUUAUGCACAUUGUAUUUUCCAGUAUUUGUCAAUAAAAUCAUCCAAAUAUAAUCUUUU